AUGGCGGCUAGCCUCAUUAAUGGAGUAGUGUCUAAUGUGGCAUGUACAACCAAAUGGAAUGCGGCGUGUAUAGCCAAAUGGAAUGGGGUGUGUAUAGCCAAAUGGAAUGCGACGUAUAUAGCCAAAUGGAAUGCGGCAUGUGUAGCCAAAUGGAAUGCGGCGUGUGUAGCCAAAUGGAAUGCGGUGUGUAUAGCCAAAUGGAAUGCGGCAUGUGUAGCCAAAUGGAAUGCGGCGUGUGUAGCCAAAUGGAAUGCGGCGUGUGUAGCCAAAUGGAAUGCGGCGUAUAUAGCCAAAUGGAAUACGGCGUAUAUAGCCAAAUGGAAUGCGGCAUGUGUAGCCAAAUGGAAUGCGGCGUGUAUAGCCAAAUGA